AGCCUCUCCACCUACAGAUUUAUGUUCAUGCUUGGGCAGUUCCUGCAUGGGAUCGGAGCAACGCCGCUCUACACUCUCGGAGUGACUUAUUUAGAUGACAACGUCAAGUCUAGCUACUCCCCGGUGUAUAUUGCUGUUUUCUACACUGCUGCCAUCCUUGGCCCUGCAGCGGGGUACCUGGUAGGAGGACUGUUUCUAAAUAUUUACACUGAAUUUGGCAGAGAAGUUGAUGUAACCCCAGAUAACCCUCACUGGGUUGGGGCCUGGUGGAUAGGAUUUCUGGGUGCCGGAGCUGCCUCCCUUCUCAUUGCCUUCCCCAUUCUGGGUUACCCUCACCGGCUGCCAGGAUCCCAGCGUUACAUUGUCAUGAGAGUCUCUGAGGCUCAUCAACUGAAAGACGGGAGCCACAAGACCGCGUCGGACCCCGACUUUGGGAAAACAGUGAAAGAUCUGCCUCGAUCAGUCCUGCUGCUCCUGAAGAACCCCACCUUCAUCUUCCUCUGCUUAGCUGGAGCCACUGAAGCCACGCUCAUAGCUGGGAUGUCAACCUUCGGCCCCAAAUUCCUCGAGUCACAGUUCAGUCUAAGUGCCUCUGUUGCUGCUACGUAUUUUGGUUACCUUGUCGUGCCGGCGGGGGGAGGAGGCACCUUCCUGGGAGGCUUCUUUGUGAAUAAAUUUAACCUCCGCUGCUCAGGAAUCAUCAAACUGUGCCUGUGUUGCACCCUAUCGAGUCUGCUGGCCAUUUUCAUCUUUUUUAUUCACUGCCCUAACAUGCCUAUGGCAGGAGUAACGCAGGCGUACGACGGAAGUGUCUUGCCUGGAAGCAGUCUGAACCUGACUACAGCCUGCAACGCAGACUGUGACUGUCUAAGGGAGGUUUACAGCCCAGUCUGCGGGAGCAACGACAUCAUGUAUUACUCUCCCUGCCAUGCAGGGUGCAAAAUGCUAUCUACCAGUAGUAGCCAAAAGGUUUACCAGGAAUGCAGUUGCAUUCUGGGGAACACCACCGAUGUUGGCCAAGCGACGGCGGGGAAGUGCACCUCCUCUUGCCAGACAAUGCCCCUUCUCAUGUGUCUCAUGUUCAUUGUGAUUCUCUUCACGUUCCUGAGUAGUAUCCCUGCUCUGACGGCAACUCUUCGGUGUGUCUCAGACAGACAGCGAUCGUUUGCACUAGGAAUCCAGUGGAUUGUAGUAAGAACUCUAGGAGGUAUUCCCGGUCCUAUUGCCUUUGGUUCGAUGAUCGAUAAAUCGUGUCUGCUUUGGCAGGACCAGUGUGGAGAACAAGGUUCUUGCUACGUUUAUCAGAAUUCGGCCAUGAGUCAACAUACUCUGAUCGCCGGACUUGUCUACAAGGUGCUUGGAACCGUCUUCUUUCUGCUGGCGUGCUUACUUUAUAAACCACCUACACCAGAGUCCCUUCCAGGCAGCUCGGAUGCAUCAGAAAAUGGUAACAGUGACCUCCAGGAGAACAAAUCUUCAGUCCAGACUGAGAUGGAUGUAUAGCACUGUUAAUACCGUGAGAGACUUAUUCCCAGCCUAAGAACAUAUCAUGGAGACUGGCUACUGUGUCUGGUUUUUAUUGAUAUUAAUUUCCUAACUUUCCUUUUUUUUAUUUAAAGAAAAAGAAUCAUUUUCCUGGUUUGGCUGAAUGUUUCCUUAACAGCAGAAAGCAUAUGUGAAGAUGCGUGUGCUAAUGCCAUACACUGCAAUUUCAUUUUAUUUAAAGAAGGGCUACCCAUAGUUUCCUACCGCUCCUAUAAGAAACUUGAGCCAAUUAAUCAGAAACCCAGCAUUCCUCUACAGGAUCCAGUCCCAGCUGGUGUAAAUUUGCUUUCAUUCAAUUCAAAGAAGAGCAUUUGCACUCACUGAGGACUUGGCCCACAUACAACAUACAAUAUACAGUCAACAGUAGCAAAGGACUUUGGUUCAGAUGUUUGAGGGCUGAACAAAUGCCUGCCCUCACGGUAUCCAUCUGCAUUGCAAAGAAGAAGUCUGGCCCUGAAGCUGGGAUAUGCAAAGCAAGGAACAGACACAGUGACUUCUUUCUUCCUUGAACACAUACAGCGGCCCUUGUUUUCUAUCUCUGUUCAACCUUUCGGUUCAUCUAAAGAAGAUAGUUCAUAUUACCAUGCAAUGAAACGAUGUUUAACACCAGGGAUUACUUGGCUGAUCCAUCAAUGGACUACACACAACACCCUAUUGAGAGACUACCAGCCCUGGCUAUUUUAACUGUCAUUACCCAGUCAUUUUACACCUACCACCUCUGGUUUUGUGGUUCGACUUGCAGUAUAAUUAUAAUCUUUAUUGGUUUGGACCUCCCUUUUUCUGUAAAGAGCUGGACUUCACCGUUCUUGUUCCCUUAGACAUUCUGUUGUUGGACACAGAAACACAUGAAAUAUGGAUCUAUGCAAUGUUUGCUUUGUCUGCUCAACAAAGACAUUUGUUUUUAGGUACAAGCAGAAAAAUCCAAAUGAAUUUAUUUUUUCUUUAUGCUGCUAGUCUGGGGCACCUAACGUGGUAACACGCUGUACUGUAUAAGGGGGCUAAGGGCCCAGUUUCUCGGCUGCUGUAAAUAGACUUAGCACCACUGAAGUCAAUGGAGCUAUGCUGAAUUGUGCCCGUUGACAAUAUGGCCCAUUGUUUGAAAAUGUCUUGGCCUAGAUUCUCAAAAAAAAAAAAAAAAGGGCAGGGGGCGGGGUUUAAAUUUGCCCUUGCAGGGCCAAAUAACAGGAUUUAAGCCUCUGACUGACAGAUUUAUGUAUCUGUCUUACUUGUUCCUCCCAAAUCUGAUCAUUCGAAAGAUUAUUUUUUGUGUCUGCAAAUGUUUGCACAAUCAACUCUAUGUUAGUGGUGGGUGGAAGCCCCCUUGGCGAUGUUGGCCAACCCUAUGCUGUGUUUAGAACGACAGGGCAUUCACUCUUGAGCUGUUUAAUUGGCACUUAACUUUUACCGCAAGGUAUUUAGAAUCACUGUUUCUGUCACGAUUUUGUAUGUUUGAUACAUUUUGUUUUCCUAAAACCAGGAUGCGGGUUGAUCAGCUGGUUUGAGUUUGGGAUCGUAGGACCAAAUGCACUCCAAGCACAUUCCAAGCCUGUGCACAGGUGGCCCCUUUAAACAUGGGUAUCUUGUUCUAAGGAAGGGAGGACUUAGGGUAAAGGUAAAUCUGGGACUCACAUGAAAUAAUCUAUCCUCUCGGUGUCAUUCAGCAAGUGGGUUCUGUUGGGAAGGUUACCUCUUCCAUUCACAAAUGCUCCUCUGCCAAGGUCAGCUGUAUACCUUGCCAAAAGCGUCACUGCCAUUGAAAGAUGUAUUUUAGGACAGAGAACCACUGGCUGGACACGGUCCACCCAGUAACCAUUCUACCAGAGCCAAUGAAGUGUCUCCCAGUAUGAGCUGCUCUGUCACAGCCAGAACAACCGCUCCCCAUCUCGGUGAAGUCCCUACUUGAUGUAUGCAGAACACGUGCAGAUUCAGCGCUCCGGAGAUGGUGUCUUUCUGCAAGCGGAGACCCUACAGAGUGAAAACCUGCUGGUUCCUUCACUUAUUUUCAGCACUUGUGGAGGUUUGAAGGAGCAGAAUUAGUCCCAAAGAGAUUAACUCCAACAGCACACCAAAAAAAGAAAGAAUUAUUUAUCAUCUCCACCAGUUUUAUUAGCCAGCUGUAACCAAGACAACCACUAUCUGCAAGAGUCCAUCACUUGUUUUCUUCUCAAGGGUAUUACACUCGGCAAACUAUAAAGACUUUGGGUACCCGCAGCGUUCUUUGGGAAGGGAGAGUUGCACAAAUGUAUUUUAGUAACAUAUUUUGUGUAUAACUAUUUAUAAAAUUAGACAUUUUUUAAUAUAUUUUGCCUGAUGCAUCACUAGUAUUUCUCAUGUGGAAUUGGCUUGUAUUGUUUCAUGAUCAAAUGGCAAAAUACUGGUGUUUUAUUACGUUGAUGUGCGAGUGUGGAGUCUUGGUUUUGAAAAAUUAAAUGAGUUCCUAUUCAGGUGUCAUUUAUUCCAUGUUAUGAAUGGGAAGUUUUUAUUUGGGGGAGGCCAUUCUCCAGUCUCAUUUGAAGUAUAAUAUUCCUGUGAAGUGACAGAAAUAUAAUCCGUAUUUCACGGGGACUUGGAAUGUGUCUUCCAUUGACUCCAAAUCAUUGACUGAUGCUUUUGAGGCAUGACUUUGAAUUCAUUUAGCCAUGGCUAUAAGGUACCCAGCAACUGGAACAUGAGCCUAGAUA